GCACGAGCCGUUCGUAUUGUCGCUGUUGCACCUGGACGAUAAUAUAAUAGGCUCCCGUCAGCGGUGUAGCAGUCAGAACUCCAGUGCAUCUCUCCGUGUCGUUACAAACUGUGGAUCUACGCUGAUAUGUAGUAUUACCGGUAUGCCUGCUCCGCUAUUUCCACAGCCAAGUCAAGUAAGUUCAGUGCAAAGCCAGGUAGGUGAGUGCCAGACAGUGCUGAAGGUGCGAUAUUCGAGCAUUGGAGGACGCAGACGUUGGCGAUAAAUCUUCUACCCAGCAUCGCGCAGCGCUAGCGAGCUGAGGAGAGCUAUUUUGCCAUUCACGUAAAGUUGUUUCAUACCCGAUAAUAGUCAGAGUGCCCAGAAGAUCGCUAACAGAGUUGCACCACGCUAGCAUCCCUUGGGAGCCGCCACUCUCCCAGACUGCCAGAGUAUCUCUUCCCGCUGCGUGUAUACCGGAGUUGGUCGGGACAGGGAGGUUUGCUGAGGACACGAUGGCACUGGCUGGCACAUACCACGUAGGGGCCUCAUCAGUGCUAAGAGAUGGCAAGAGCCCAUGUGGUGGCGACUGGACUGGAGACGACACAGAUCGACUAGCGGCACGACACGGGGGUAGCUCGGCACGGCAGCGGGCGCGCUACCAGCGGUCGGCGGCAUCGCUAGACGAGUGCUUGACCAUGUCAGCCGGCUGCCCGGGUCCAGAUUCCAGUGAGCUUGGAUCUCUGCAGCUGCCAGCAGGCCAUCCAGGUGUGGGGCCAAGACCAUGUUCCUCUGCUCCAUUUGGCCAGUACCAGCAGCAGCAGCAGCAGCAGUAUCGGCAUCAGUCGCCUCACCCGCACCUCCGACUGCUCAGCGAUGCAGUCAGCACGGACACACGCUUGCCACGAGGCACAAUGCUGGGUAUGUUCGAUGACGAUGACAGCAAUGACCUGGCGGGGGUUGCCAAUGACGUGGUCAGCUCUACAAUGGCCAACUCUGCAUCAGCCAGCGCAUCGGCCACCGCCACCAGUCGGCGACGCAAGGGCGGCCAUGUUGGUGCCCUCACCAAUGCCAUGCAACAGCUGGAGUUGCCAAGACGACGCAUCGGUCGUACCAAAGCUCCCAGUCCGCUCACCCUGAAUCAGCAGCCGGGGCCCUCGCGCGGACAGCAGCAGCAACAGCCGCGCUGGCACAUGGGCCGCACCAGCAGCGAGUGCGAGCUGCUUCAGUUCACCGCGGGACGGCACGAGUGCGCCGCGCGAGUGCCGAAAACGAGCACGGACUCCACGUCGUCCGUGGACAGCACCGACAGUGUCGGCAUGGUGUUCUGAAUCAGGGAUUAAUAAAAUACCGGUAUUUUACUAAUCCCUGUUUUGAAUCCAGUCAUGCCAGCCUGCUGCAUAGAAGCCGUAUUGUCCUGAAUACUAGCAUAAAUCUCGUACCCCCACUUUCAAGUUUGAGCCGAUUGUUCAAAUUAUUUUCACAUGAUUAUUAGUAGGAUGUCGCACUCGAAUCGAAUGUAAGUCACAUUCUUCCGUUGCCCUUGAAAUUCAGUGUAAAAAGGAGCAACUUCUAUUCGUGAACCCCUUGCAUGCACCAGGGCCGGAGAUGAUAGUGUUUCUGAAGCUGUUGCGAUAAAGCUGAUUCAAAUCACGGUUAGAUUUUUCAUCAACCACCACACCUUAACUGCGCUCUCCAGUCGACCUUUGAAAUAUCUUUACAGGGUCGAAUGCUGUGGCUUACUCUUAUUCGUUAGGGUAAUGAUACUUGAAGUAGUUAUUUGGAGCAGUUUUAUCGCAGCUGCCUCCUAGUAUUACUCAGACAUUGAUCUCACCAGUGCGUAUUCUUCGGCGUAAACCCCUUCAUCCGUGACCAUGACUAACGGCGCACGAUUCUCUUGAUCUGCUGA